CUGUUGCGUACACGACGACCUUGUCCCAUCAACUUCUCCGCAACAACACAACACGUUCUUUACUCUCCAUUUCCUUUCGCCUUCGCCUGCAUCGCCUCACCGAUUAAAGCAUCCUCGACACUUACUGAGCACUCGCCAGGAUGACCGAGCCCGAAAAUUUCGAGGAAGACCUCUUCGCCGAUCUCUACGAUGAUGACACCCCAGCGAAGCCAGCUGCCGCCCAGCAACCUGCGCCGCCUCCUGCCCCAGUCGCCGUUCCUCAACCAAGCGUCGAGACACAUGCCGAACCGCCUCCUCAGUCUGAGCCGGAAUAUGGUGGCGGUGGUGGUGAUGAUCAAAUGAAGUACGAAGAAGAGGAUGACGAUGAUGAAGUAGACUUCAACCUAGGUGGUGAUGGCGGCGGCGGCGGUGGUGGUGGAAGCACUGGUUAUGCGCCGCCCUCGAAUGGGUUUGCUGGCAACAAGCAAGAAGAACCCACGUACUCGACAAGCACGGCCAAGAACCCGAGUGCCAAGGAAGACGGCAAGAUGUUCAUUGGUGGCCUUAAUUGGGAGACGACUGAUCAAUCCCUAAGGGACUACUUCUCUCAAUUCGGCGAGGUUGUUGAGUGCACCGUCAUGAGAGACAGCAGCACCGGGCGAUCAAGAGGCUUUGGCUUCCUGACGUUCAGGGACGCCAAGACGGUGAACAUCGUUAUGGUCAAGGAACACUUUUUGGAUGGCAAGAUCAUUGAUCCCAAGCGAGCAAUUCCUCGCGACGAGCAAGAAAAGACCAGCAAGAUCUUCGUCGGUGGUGUUAGUCAAGAUACGACCGAUCAAGAGUUCAAGGACUAUUUCGCCCAAUUCGGCCGUGUGGUGGACGCGACCCUGAUGAUGGACAAGGACACCGGCCGCCCUCGCGGUUUCGGCUUCGUCACAUUUGAAAGCGAGGCCGGCGUUGAUGCCUGCCUCAGCACCAGUCUCGAGAUUCACGGCAAGCCGAUUGAGGUCAAGAAGGCUCAGCCGCGUGGCAACCUUCGCGAAGAAGAAGAAGCCGCACGACGGGGAGGGAAAUUCAGGAAGGGCGAAGACGGUGCCCAGGGUGGACAGGGCGGGAUGGGAGGCGGCCAGAUGGGUGCCGCAGGGGGCAUGACGCCCCAAGUUAUGGCACAAUACUUCCAGCGCAUGCAGCAAUAUUUCGCCAUGAUGCAGCAACAAAUGGCUAUGAGCAGAGGCAUGGGCCCCAUGAAUCCGGCCAUGAUGCAGCAGAUGAUGCAAAUGCAGCAGAUGCAGCAGAUGCAGAACCAGAUGAUGGGCCGCGGUGGAGGCGGCAACGGCCAGCAAGGCAUGAUGGGCCAGAUGACGCCUCAAAUGAUGCAGCAGAUGCAGCAAAUGCAACAGCAGAUGCAGCAGCAGAUGGGCCAGCAGGGCGGUCCCCCAUCUGGACCGAGCGGUAGCUUCAGCCCUCAGCAGCAAAUGUUCGACCCAUCUCAGGGAGGCCAGCCGCCGCAGCAGCCCGGCGGCGGACAAGGACCGCGUCGGGGAGGCAGCAGCGGCGGCGGAGGUGCUCCCCGUGACCAGUACAACCAGGCUGGCGCAUAUGCCAUGGGCGGUGGUGGCGGUGCUCCGACAUCGUGGGAGGGCAUGUACGACGACGUUCCCCAACCGAACCAGGGCGGCCGGGGAGGCUUCAGAGGCGGCCAUCGUGGUGGCUCUCACAGUGGUGGCUCCCAUCAGGGAUCACCCGAUCCUGCGCAUGCCCCGCCUGCCAACGCGCCUACAGGACCCAAGAACGCGGGCAGACCCGGCGCUAACUACCGCGGUGGUGGACGUAGCAGCAACAGGGGAUUCCAUCCUUACUCGCGCUAGGAGUCUCUGCGGCAGCCAAAGAUGGCCUUUCUGGCAUUGGAGAAGGAAUCAUAGGGGCGGAUCGAGUUCGAGGCGCCAUAUCUCGUCGGCUAAAAGAGAGAUAUACAAGUUUGACGGUUCGAUGAAAGAGGGCGCUGGGAAGAAACUGCAUAUACGGAACGAGGUAACGCGUUUUCUCUGAGACAGAGAGGAACCGGGACCGGAACCGGGGUACGGCUUGGGUUCGGCAGCUUUGCUUAUUGCUCUCGCGAACUUUUUUUUUCUCCUUUCCUUUACACAUCGUUUUUCCUGGGAAGUUUGUAUUAUACUCCAAAAGGGAGGGAAAAAUAAACCAUUAAUCGGCG